GUCAAAGACAGAGAACCCACAGCAGCCGCCUUCCUCUCCUCCGGCGUCUGUUACUUUUCAAAGUCUACAAAGAAAAAAGCCAACGCCAUCUUUCUGGCUGAGAGGCAGAGUGCAAUCCUCUAUGUCACGAAGUGUAAAACCCCUGUCAACUCCGGAUAUUAAAGUUUUUCACAUGGAGAGCUGCUUAAAUGGGUCUGCACAGCAGCGUUGAUCAAGGGAGACAAUGAUGAAGACAACAUCUGGGGAAGAAGUGGAAACUGGAGACCUGCCAGGCCCACUGCUAGGUGCGAAUGAUGAGUGCAGGCAGCCUCAUCCGGUCCCUUCCCAGCCAGCACCAUUUCCAGGUAUCAGUAUCCUGGAUAAGCUCAUUAGGACUUGCCCGGUGUGGCUACAGCUCAACACCAGGAAGGAGAGAGUCGCAGAAGUCCUCCACAUGGAACCACGAGGGGCAUUUAUGGUGAGAAAAGAUUGCAUCCUAACAAACAUGAUUCUUUCGGUGAAUUUUCCUGGAGCGGAAGGAAAGCCUAACGUCCUUGAAUACUCGAUAAAGGAGGAAAAUUCAAUUAUGUACUUGGAUGGUUCCUUGUUGGUGUUUGAAGAUAUUUUCAAAAUGGUAGCAUUCUACUGUGUAAGCAGGGACAUUCUGCCAUCACCCCUGAUUUUGCCACAAGUAAUAGCAGAAGCAACGAAUCCUGAAGAGCUGGAAGUUGUUUCACAUCUGGGUAUAGAUUUCUGGAAUUCUUACAUGAACAGAGGGAAUCGAGAAGGAAGUUCGAAAGUUUCAAAAGACUUAAACAUUAUUAAUAGGCAAACUCAGAACUUGGUGACUCCUCCACAUCUGUCCACUGACAAGAGUGCUUGCUCAUGUGCGAUUGAAUUGUCAGCAGGAAGUGACAGGCUGUGGUUUGUUAAUCCUGUAUUUAUAAAAGAAUACUGCAGCACUGCCCAUUCUCCUGGGCCGCCGCUAGAGCCAACUCCGAACCCUGCAAGUAACAGAGAUCUAAAAGUAAGGAGACCUCCACCUCUGCCUCCCCGGCCAAAGCUCUCUGAGGUGAUUGCUGUGAUGUCCGACAAUGACAGAAGGAGAAACCAGCUACUGAAAGGUGAAGCGACCAAGAAAAACACAGAAGUUUGUACCAGACAGGAGCAAGAAAGUUUAGUCGAGCCAAUAAAGGAACUUGAGAGAAAAGAAAUUGAAAUCAGCACCGUGAAUAUUGCAGUGCAAAACACUGACCACUUGCCUCCAGUCCCACCAAGGCGCCGGCCAGUAGAAAGUCAGCCUACAGACACUACAUGUGACAAGAGCGAGGAGAUGGCACAAAGCAAUGGUAAUACACAGAAUGAUGAGCCAUCCGACCAAACUUACGUCAAGUCUACACAGAACGAACAGAAUUUGUUAAGUGAGAAAACCACAAAUGUUGAUAAAGGCCUUGCUAGCAACACCCCAGCCGGACCUGACGCAGAGCAGGAGAGCCAAUCUUGUCAGCAGACCCCCAUUGCACCCCCAAGGAGGAAGAAAAUGGCCAGGAGAGAAGCCGAGCAAGAAGGCACGGCCACGGAUCAGGAAAGCAAAACACCAACAGCUUCAGAGUUAAACACGACAAAGGGUCUGUCAGAAGAUGCUUCUGAUUCCUCAGCACAAAGUUUAACCAGUGCUGACAGUCAGUCGGGUCAGCCACGUAACUUCACCGAGUUGAAAAUAGCCGAUGAAUCCCUGUACUCUCCUGAAUGUAAUGUAGUCAGCCCCACUGAUGAAAUAGACUCUUCUUCGAACAGCAGCACAGAGGAAGAACUAGAUUCGGUGAAUACUCCUUCUAAACUCAAGAAGCAACGCCAGUCCAUGAUGCUGAACAAGGCGCGAAAUAGACUGUCCAUAAUGACAUUAACCAAUGUUCUGAAUGCCUUCCGUUCCACGGACAGAAAGAUUAUGAAGAAAAUAAUGGAACUUGCUCAAGAGAAGGCCUCUUACUUUGGCCAGUUGAUUCAGGAUUAUAGAGCCUACACUUUGGAAAUGAUGGGAAAUCAGACAUCCAGCACAGAAAUGCUGCAGGAGAUUCGACAGAUGAUGACACAGCUCAAAAGCUAUUUAUUGCAAAGUACAGAGCUGACCUUAAUGACAGACUCGUCUAUUCAAUCUGAAGAUAAACUGGAGGCCAUCGUGGAAGCAGCUUUAUGCAAGUGUGUUCUGAAACCCUUAAAGGACAACAUCAACAAUCAGUUAAAGGAAAUUCAUUCCAAAAACGGCAAUCUGAAACUUUUGAAAGAAAACCAACAGAUUGUGCAAAAUACAACCACCACCGAGUUGGGUGUGACGACUAGUGUACCAGAAGUAAGUGUCCUGGAAAAGAUCCACCAGAAGCUCAGCCACAUGCACCAGACCUACUCACCUGACAAAAAGGUCACCUACCUGCUCAAGUCCUGCAAGAUGAUUUAUGAUUCAAUGUCAGUUGGAAAUCAUGCAAAGUCACAUGGUGCAGAUGACUUCCUCCCUGUGUUAAUGUAUGUGUUGGCGAGAAGCAACCUGACGUCGCUUCUUCUGGAUGUGGAAUAUAUGAUGGAGUUACUCGACCCUUCGUUACAUUUAGGAGAAGGGUAUUAUUAUUUGACGACAACCUACGGCGCCUUAGAACAUAUCAAACAUUUUGAUAAGCAGACUGUCACUCGGCAACUCAGUCACGAGGUCCAGGACUCAAUCCACCAAUGGGAAAGGAGGAGGACUCUGAACUUGAAGCAAGUGCCUAGGUCAUCAGUGCAGAAUCAUCCUUGCAAACCUCCUCUGGAUCUUCUCCAACGCCAGCACUUCUUUUCUAAGAUGAGGGGCCCAAAACUGUUCACAAUACUCCAGGAUUUCCUGAGCGUGUGCUUCUUAGACUAUGGGUGCAACAUCAAAACAUUUGCCAUAAACCCAGAGACAACUGCAGAGAAGCUGUCCAAACAGUGUGCUGGGAAGUUUGGGGUCUCAGAAUCCGAGGACUACUGCAUACACCUUGUAGUGGAGGAGAAGAGCAUGCAACUGGCUGAUAACGCCGUCCCUCACCAUCUCAAGUCCAUUCUUCGGAAGAUGCAGCCACAAAAAGACCAUUACUUCAUAUACAAGCAGGCAAAUCAGGCAGAAGAGACUGAAAACCCACCCAUAAGAGACCUCCCACCCUUCUGACUUCUCUUUCGUUGACAAUUGACCACGGUUCCUUCUAUCCACACGUCACAAAAAUCAAACCGGAGGCUGGAAAUCUGAAAGGUGGUCGGCAAAUGCUCCUAGUUCAGCAAGCACCUGAGGGGAAAUGUGAAACCACGUUUCAGCUCUGAUUUUCAUCGGAACUUCCAUAUAUUCGCCUACGUGUUAAUGUAGGACUUACCAUUUCAGUUUUCAAUAUCCUGGACUAUUUCUAAAUCAGGUUUAUUUAUACAUUUUAUAACCAAUGUAAAUACAAUUUUAUUUCUCUUUGUAUCUCUUAACACCAUUAUUAUAAAUGGAAACUUGCAAAAGGGAUCUUUGGUGCAUUUGUCAGAUUUGAAUGUAUCAAGAUAUGUUGAAAAUACAGAGUUUAGAUCUUGUUUUAUGGUUUUGUGAAGAAUUGUGGUACCAGCCAGCGUGGAAAAUGACAAAUGGAACAAGAUCGCUAUCUGUGGCUUUCGAGGAUGCCCACCCCUUGUUGGAAGAGGGUGGACAAGCAGUGAGGAGUAAUGAACUAGCCUCACAUUGAGGCACAGAAAGGACAUUGGUUUGUACUGGUCUGAUAAUCUUACAACAGCUCCAUGUCUUUAAAUUGAGCAGGAGGGUGUGAGAAUCCAACAAUGACAACAUCUAGCACAGUUAACUAAACAAAAAUAUUAACGAAGUUUGGUCGGAGGUCUAGGUCAUUAGGAGUGAGAAGAGGUUUUACGAUACAGAACAGAGGGAGGGGGAAAUAAAGAACAAAAAAGGCCUCUGAUAGAGGAACUCAGAAGAGAUUAAAAAAUUCCAGUUCUGAUCCAAACCUGCCAAAUAUUUUCUCUAUAUUAUUUGAGAUUAAGUGACAAAUAGAAAUGAAAGUGGGAGGGAGGGAGUGGAAAUAAAAGGUCACUUUGGAGGAUAUGUAAAUAAAGGGUAAUCACUACACAAAAUUGCAAAACCAUUCUUAGACCAUAAAACCAUAAGACAUGGGAGUAAAAUUAGGCCAUUCAGCCCAUUGAGUCUACUCCUCUAUUCCAUUAUGGCUGAUAUAUUAUCCCUCUCAAUCCCACUUUCCUAUCUUCUCCAUGUGAUGUUUGACGCCCUGGCGAAUCAAGAACUUAUCGAUCUCCACUCUAAGUACACCCAAUAAGCUGGCCUCUGCAGCCGGCUGUGGCAAUGAAUUCCACAGCUUCACCACCCUCUGGCUAAAGAAGUUCCCCCUCACCUCUGUUCUAAACGGACGUCCCUCUAUUCCGAGGCAGUGCCCUCUGGUCCUAGACUCCUACAAUUCUUCGUCUUUCUAAGUUCUUUGUCUUGCUUAGCUGCAGACCACGAAUUAUAAAGGUGAUCCAAGGUAGUUAAAUCAAAUAGAGAGUUAAUGCAAAUUGUUCAGUCUUUAUUUCUCAUUAAUAGAACACAGGGUAUUGUAUAAAGGCAGCAACAGUGACAGGAAGACAUAGCAAUAUAUUGCAAUGCCCAAAAUGCUAACAAAAAUUGUUAUAAUCACUCUGUUAAUAAGAAUGCUCUUAAUUCUGCUGAACGUGGUAAUAACAUUGCCCUAAAGAUAGUGAAGCUCUUCCCUCUGCACAGUCUCCCUCGGCUUGUUAGCCAAAGGUUGGUUAUUGUUCCGUGGGAUCCGAAUGACCAGUUCAGAAUUAGAAUCAAGUUUAAUAUCACGGGCGUAUGUCGAGAAAUUUGUUAACCUUACGGCAGCAGUACAAUGAAAUAAAUAAAUAGAGAGAAAAAAAUGAAUUACAGUAAUUAUAUAUAUGCAAUUCACACAAAAAUACUGGAGGAACUCAGCAGGCCUGAGUUUUUGUAUGUGUUGUUUGGAUUUCCAGCAU